AUGGCUCACCUCGAAUCUCGAAAGCACGUCUCCCCAGACUCUGGGUUCCCGAUCACCAUCCAUCCUCACUUCAACGCCAAGAUCAAAGAUUGGACCCCUCCUGAGCCGCUGCGCGAGGAAAUCACGCCUCCCCGUGACAGAGCGCACUUUGCAGAUCCCGAAAAGAAGGCUCUGUUCUCCGUGGCCAAGAAGACGGACCUUACAGAAUCUAUUGGAUCGGUUCUGGAGAAUGUUCAGCUGUCGCAGUUGACGCCUCAGCAGUUAGACGAGCUCGCUCUUUUGGUCAAUGAGCGAGGUGUUGUAUUUUUCAGGGACCAGGACCUUGAUACUGAGAAGCAGGUCAAGUUGUUUGAGCACUACGGUAUUCUCGACCGUCAUCCUGCACAGAAAGAUGUCAAGCAUGUUGUGAUUCGAGGGAGCACACAGGAUCACCGAGAGAUCGCCAAGUACACGCCCUGGCCGUCGGGUGACUUUCACGCAGACACUUCCUUUGAGAUCAAUCCUCCUUCUUAUUCUCUUCUCCGUAUGGAGGAGCAUCCUGAAGUUGGGGGCGAUACUGCGUGGAUUUCGGGUUAUGGACUCUAUGAUACUUUGAGCGAUGCCAUGAAGAGAUUCGUUGAGGGUCUUCACGCUGUUCACACUUCACGAUUGCAAUAUGACACUAUUCUCGACCUUUGGGGAACAGGGCCGAAUCGUCCUCCCAUCGAUACUCAUCAUCCAGCUGUGCGGACUCAUCCAGUCACUGGACUAAAGGCUGUCAAUGUGAACCCAGGCUUUGUAACCGGGUUUGCUGAGUUGAAAAAGGUGGAGUCGGACAAGCUUCUCGACUUCUUUGCCUACCAUCUUCACUCUGCCGAUGAUCACUAUGUUAGAUGGAAGUGGACAGUGGGCGCUGUGGCUAUGUGGGACAACCGAUGUGUUCUUCACCGUGUAAUUCCUGGAACCUACGAGACGCCUCGUCGAGGAAUCCGAACAACAGUCUUUGGAGAGAAGCCCUACUAUGACCCGAACAGUGAAGGACGUGCUGAGCGUGAGGCGAGACUUCGAUCUGCCGCAAAGAAAGAAAUCAAUGGUGAUGGAGGAGCAAGUUCGAAACCUACGCUUGAAACUCCCGCUUGA